AGAGGCCCUCCCACUGGCCCUGUGGUCCCCAGCCGCCACCCCCUCUCCCUGGGGGAGGAUGCAAGGUGAGACCCAGGACCAGGAUUAGAGCCCAGGCCUAAUUUCCCUAGCCAUAGCAGCUGCUGGACGCUGGCCACUUCAUUUAUAUAAGUAGCAUUAGCGCUAGUAUUAGCGUAAUGUAAUUGCAUCUAUUUGAUUAUUAAUUGAAGUUGGUUAAGCUAAGUAGCUCUUUGGCUAAAUGGAAAAUGAUUAGUUUUUGGUCACUGCUAUCGGUGUUGGAAUGGAACACCAUUUUGAGAAGUGGGUUUGUGUGUGUGUGUGUGUGUGUGUGUACAUUUGUGUGUGUGUAUUUGUGUGUGUGUGUGUGUGUGUAUUUGUGUGUGUGUGUGUGUGUGUGUGUCCUCUGCUCUGCGUUGGGGGCCCGUUUAUUUAUUUUAUUUUAUUUUUAGUCAUUUAGCAGACGCUCUAAUCCAGAGCGAUUUACAGUUUAAUUUCAUAUGCCUGGGUUCACCUUGACACAUCGACACCACAGCUAUCUCGUUAAUUACACACACACACACACACACACACACACACACACACACACACACACACACACAGAGAUAGAGCUUAUAUAUUGUGAAUUUGUAGCUUUUCGACUCUCUAAUCCCCCUAAGCAUGGAAAACAUGACGCGAUAAUGUAAUUACAUUAGACAAACUAACAGCUCAGAAUACCGGAAGUCUAAGGUCCCUGGUGACUGGCUCUGAAUGAAGAGACACAGUCUUACAGGGACACACUAUCACACCAUCUUAUGUCCUCUGUGGGUUACAGAGUUAAGACUGUAAUAAAACUGGGAUCCUUUCCACUGGAAGCUGUAAUAUGGUGUGAGCCAUUCAACUGGCACAGAAGAGAGCAGGUUACAACUCAGUGUAUUGAGGACAAACUCAGAUACACAGUUCUGGAUCAGCUACCAUCUAAUGGUCGCCUCUUGCCUCACCCCAGCAGGGCCUUUUCUGGUGUAAUGUUCUUCCAUGAUAUCAGUCAGUAUUUCUCCUGUCCAGCCAUGAGUGAAUUAGGAAGAGGGAUAUUUCAUAAUAAAAGCAGGAAUGGUUUUGCCCUUUCUGCUACUGACCUUUUUAAAAGGAAGACGUAUGUAACAGCCAAUGAAAACAACAGGAGUAAACGGUCCCAGACCGACGUCAUCGUUACAUGCCAAGCUCAACCCUCUUUCCCACCGUGGGAGUAGGGUGAAGUUGUCCCUAGAUGCUGAUCCUGGGUCAGCUUUGCAUUUCCCCCCAACUACUGGUUAAGGUUAGGAUUGGGGAAGGGGAAGCUGAUCCUAGACCUGUACGUAGGGGAAACCUCACCCCGGAGCCCCACUGUGCCUGUGAUGAAACCAUAGAUUUGUGUCUUAGGAAACCACUGCCGUUAAAGAGACAAGGAGAGUAUCCAGCCCUAGCAGCCCUGGCGUGACUGCAGAGCAAGGCAGAAGUUCAGUGAACAGGAACGGCCACACCAUAGGGACGUUGUCUAACUUCAAGUCCCCAACUGAGGUUCCUUCUCUACGGGGUCCGAGGAAGACCCAGAGCAGCUCAUUGGAGGAGGAAGAGAAGGCCUGGAGGACCAAUAAGAGAACGGCGCUGUCCAGAGGAUCUAACUUGACCCGCUCUGGGAGUGUCAAGGACCUGAUCCACAAGUUCUCAGGCUCAGAGCCCUCGUCAGUCAAUGAAAACGGCUCACCAGGUCUGUCAAUGGGCGGAUCCCUGCCUGAAGACUCUAACCGGCCAAUCAGGAUGUCCACAGCCAGAACUGAGGAGGUACUGGCCUAUCAGAACUCCCAGUCCAACACAAACACACCCACUCCCAGUAUUACCACAGUACAGACCCAGAGCCCAGUCAGGAUGUCCACAGCCAGGACUGGCACCACAGAGACUAAGACAGUGGUCAAGUCCACCUCCCAGUCCAACCCAGACAUUCCCAGCAGCACCACCGUAGAGAACAAGAACCUGGUACCUUCUAUCAAAGUGACCCCUCCACACAGAGAGUCUCAGCCCGGCCUUAACGGGGCGAAGAAAGGCUCGCCACAGCCCAGCAGUCCUUCAGACAGUCAUUCACAGAAGAGCCAGGGCCAGAACCAGGGUGGCUCUCACAGAGAGUCUAUGGCCGGUUCUGGAAUGGGUUCGGUAAGUAGACCUCUAAAUAGGGCCAAGAACUGACCACACCAAUCACUGAUCGCUUGGCGUCCGAGACCACGUCCACCCGUGAUCACUCUCUGCAUGAAGAUCACACAGCAUGGCCUGUCUGUCUGUCUGUCUGUCCACAACAAUAGCAAUCAACACAAUUGCGUGCGCAUCAGUCCGUCCAUCCGUCUGUGCAUGUGUCACCAAUAGCAGUCAACAAAUUCCUGCAUCUGCACCCUGACCCUAACCCUGACCGUGACCCUGACCCUAACCCUGACCCUGACCCUAACCCUAACCCUGACCCUGACCCUGACCCUGACCCUGACCCUAACCCUAACCCUAACCCUAACCCUGACCCAGCCCUAUCGCUGACCCUGACCCUAACCCUGACCCUAACCCUGACCCUAACCCUAACGCUGACCCUAACCCUAACCCUGACCCUGACCCUGACCCUGACCCUAACCCUGACCCUGACCCUAACCCUGACCCUAACCCUAACCCUAACCCUGACCCUGGCAUCUAACCCCAAUGUAUCAAACUGAUGGAAUGUUCAUAACUGGAGGCACUCAGUCAAAAUGAGCUGCAGCAUGCUCUGCUGUGCUGUCUGCUAACCCUGACCCUAACUGCAGCAUGCUCUGCUGUGCUGUCUGUUGAUGUUGUUACCACUCUGCUGUACGUUGAUGUCACUAAUGUUCACAUCACACCAUUGCAUGUGUGUUCAGUGGAAUUCAUUGGUUGAUUUGCACGUGAUACAAUCUCGCGCCUGAACAUACGGCACCUUCAAAUACCAUCAAAUGCUCCCUGUGCUGUGCUGUGCUGUACGGGUCUGUCAACAGCUAUGCUAUUGAUUUAAUCUGCUCUCUCUUUCUCUUUCUCUCUCUCCCAUCCUCCCUCCCUCUCCCUCUUCCUCUCUCUCUCACUCUCCCUCUCCCUCUCACCCUCUCUCCAUCCCUCCAUCCAUCCAUUUAAUAUAUUCUUCUUCUCCUCCUCCUCCUCCUCCUCCUCCUCCUCCUCUUCCUCCUCCAGGAAUCAGACUUUGACCCCAACAAGAGGCCUGAAAGUCCCUCAUCUGAAGAUGAGCCAUCCAAUCCCGUCAAAGUCCGCCAGAACCCCAAAUACCAGCUGUUCCUGGGUGGAGACAUGAUGGGGAACGGUUCCAGGGAUACAAAUGGAACGUCUGGGGGAGAGAACGGGAAUGGGAGAGAACCCAGGAACAGUUCCCGUUGGGACAGCACUAGCUCCAGAUUCGUGCCAAACUACCGCGGGUCCCUGGAGUCUCUGGCCUCACGGGACUGGGACACCAUGUCCGACAGGGUGAGGGACGGGGGCCUGGGGCCACUUGGGGCUGGUACUGGGGCCAGGGGAAUAAGACAGGUUUGGGGCUUGGGCCUCCAGGGGCCAGUGGAAUCAUUCAAGGGUGGUGGUGGGGCCAGCACUGCUAAGGGCCAGGGGAAUCAGACAUGGCUGAGGAUCUGUAAUAGGGCUGGGGCUUGGGCCUCCAUGGGCCAGUUCUGCCCAGGGGGGAAUGGGGACCAGGGGAACGGCAGGUUGUCAACCCACUCUAAUUAAACUGAUAGAUAGAGCUCCGAGUGGCUGUGUGAUCAGCGCCAGAUGCUGCCUGUAGACUUAAGCAGAUCAGCAACUGUCUGUCUGCUCCCAACUGCUGUGCUGACCUGUAUGAUGCAUUGCCAUCUGCUGGUGUACAACAGGCUUUACAAUAACAUCAAUAUUAAAAUCUAUAUUGGAAUUGACCAUGGAUAAUAUUUUCCAUUUCACUAGUAGUGAAUCCUUGGCAUAGCAUUGUCAAAGACAACGUUUUCAUUUUGUUUUUAUUGAUUUGUUUUAUCAAUGGAAUGUUUCUGUCUGUUGUCCAGCUGGGAGGUUUUGAGAGUCCCCCCAGGGCGUUCAACAGUCCCUACGCUACAGCGGCUUCCACGGAGUACAACCCUGGCAUGUACCGGAUGUCAGAGUAUAAAGUAAGAUACUCAGCAAAAUGGGAUUAUGUGGUACAGAAACAACUUGUUUUACUAAUAUCUUGUUUGUCUUAGAGAGCGAAUAAUCAUUAUAUUAUUGUAUAGCCCAUUUACCUGUUUGUCUUCUCCUCUCCUCUCCUCUCCUCUCCUCCUCUCCUCUCCUCUCCUCUCCUCUCCUCUCCUCUCCUCUCCUCUCCUCUCCUCUCCUCUCCUCUCCUCUCCUCUCCUCUCCUCUCCUCUCCUCUCCUCUCCUCUCCUCUCCUCUCCCCUCCUCCCCCUCCCUUCCCCUCUCCUCUCCUCUCCUCCCCCUCCCUUCUCCUCUCCUCUCCUCUCCUCUCCUUCCUCCCCCCUCUCCUCUCCUCUCCGUUAGAUGCAGGAGGUGAUGUCUCCAGCCACGUCAGAGCUGAACCUGUUUAACAGCUACAACAGCAGGAGUACCAGCCCCGUGCCCUACUUCACCCCGGCUGUGACUGCCCCACGUACACGCUUCUCAACCUACGACACCAUCAGGAGAAGGGACCAGCAGGUGGGUGGUCAGAGCAAUAAUACAGGGUUAACAAAAAAGAACAUUUCAGUAACAGUAACAGCUUUUUGACACGUUAUAAAGGCUCAUUCAUGCUUAUAACAAUUUAUAAAGCAUAUGUUGUUACCGACAUUUCUCUGUCAUCAUGUUUUAUUUUUUAUAUAAUACCGGUACUUCUCAGCUGUAAGCGUAUAUCAGUAUUGUAUGACUGACCCCUGGUUCUUCCAGGUGAUGCCAAGCCAUCUCCCCAUGCGGCCCACUGUGUCGUCUGUCGCUAUGCCCAACAAGAGAGACUACAUCGAGGAGCUGACCAGACAGAUGGAUGCCUGUCAGAAGGUACAGUAUGAAGAGACACUCUCAUCCCCCCCCUCUCGCUCUCUUCUCUCUCCAGCUCUCUUCUCCUACCUCUCUCUCCAUCUCUCCUCGGUCUCCUCUGGCUCUCUGUCUCUCUGUCUCUCUGCUCUCUUCUCUCUCUCUCUACUCUCUCCUCUCCGUCCCUCUCGCGCUCCUCUCUGACUCCUCUCUUCGCCUCUCCUCUCGUCUUCUCUCUCGCUCUCUCAUCUCCCUCUCUCCCCUCUCAUCCUCUCUCCUCUCUCCCUCUCUCCCUCUCUCCCUCUCUCCCUCUCUCCCUCUCCCUCUCUCCCUCCCUCAUAUCCUCUGUGUCCCCCUCCUAUCCACAGAGGAACCAGUUCCUGGAGGCAGAGAGUGUAGAGAUGGACAAGGAGAGGAACCAGAUCAGGCUGGAGAUGAGAAGCCUGUUGGUGAACAACGAGGACCUUCUCAGAACCAACAGUACCCUGCAGGUGUGUAGCAUGAUGGACUACACUACCCAGAAUGCUCUGUGUAACAUAUCUGGUUUGAUCUCAGUAAAGAUGUUGCCUGGGUGCAGUCUGUUUGCGCCGUGAUACCACUCCUUGCCACUCCUUGUCUUGGUAAGGAGUGGCAUGAUGGCACAAACAGACUGGUUCCGAGGCUAGUAAAGAGGUUCCUGAAGCUAACGUAAUGUCCUGUCUCCUUAUCAAUCCAAGAUUGAGAUGAAGAGGAUGAGGGAGAGGAUGAUAGAGCUGGAGAGAGACAACAUGGCCAUGACGGAACGCUUCAGAGUAAUGGAGGUAGGCUACUGGACUGGGCUACACAGAAACACCGUGUACAUCUGGACUACACAGAAACUACACCGUGUAUAUUCUUCUGAGACUCUUUAAUGGAGCUGGAUAGAAGGAUUAUCUUCCAACACACAAGCUCAUCCUUUAACUGACUCUCAAAGAGUUCAGGUUAAGAGCAUUGGGCCAGUAACUGAAAGGUCGCUGGUUCGAAUCCCUGAGCUGACUAGGUGAACAAUCUGUCGAUGUGCCCUUGAGCAAGCUACUCAACCCUAAUUUGCUCCUGUAAGUCACUAUGGAUAAGAGCGUCUGCUAAAUUGUGAAUGUACCAGCGCCUCAAAUGUCCUAGAAUAUUAGCUCAAAAAUAUUGUGGAGCUUCUGUACCUAAAUAUAAACAGUACCGGAACCCAAAAUGAGUACCGGAACCUAUUUCAGUCCAAGUCAAGCACUGGUGAUUGUCUUUUCUAAGUGUUGAAACACGGAGGAUGUCACAGAGAGCUGAUGUCAUGUAUGUAUCCUCCAGACGGAGAUGACCGAGGCCAGAGACCUGAUGGUGGAGGCUAACACUCAGGAAUAUGCCUUCAACUUCCUGCAGCAGUCUCUGAAGAAUAAGAUACAGGAUGCCGAGGUACAGUACAGGCUUCUCUAUAAUCAGAAUCUACCACAGACCUGUCAGUUAGCUGGACCUAUUCUACCACAGACCUCAGUCAGUUAGCUGGGCCUAUUCUACCACAGACCAGUCAGUUAGCUGGACCUAUUCUACCACAGACCUGUCAGUUAGCUGGACCUAUUCUACCACAGACCUGUCAGUUAGCUGGACCUAUUCUACCACAGACCUGUCAGUUAGCUGGACCUAUUCUACCACAGACCUGUCAGUUAGCUGGACCUAUUCUACCACAGACCUCAGUCAGUUAGCUGGACCUAUUCUACCACAGACCUGUCAGUUAGCUGGGCCUAUUCUACCACAGACCUCAGUCAGUUAGCUGGGCCUAUUCUACCACAGACCUCAGUCAGUUAGCUGGGCCUAUUCUACCACAGACCUCAGUCAGUUAGCUGGGCCUAUUCUACCACAGACCUCAGUCAGUUAGCUGGACCUAUUCUACCACAGACCUGUCAGUUAGCUGGGCCUAUUCUACCACAGACCUCAGUCAGUUAGCUGGGCCUAUUCUACCACAGACCUCAGUCAGUUAGCUGGACCUAUUCUACCACAGACCUCAGUCAGUUAGCUGGGCCUAUUCUACCACAGACCUGUCAGUUAGCUGGACCUAUUCUACCACAGACCUGUCAGUUAGCUGGGCCUAUUCUACCACAGACCUCAGUCAGUUAGCUGGGCCUAUUCUACCACAGACCUGUCAGUUAGCUGGGCCUAUUCUACCACAGACCUCAGUCAGUUAGCUGGGCCUAUUCUACCACAGACCUCAGUCAGUUAGCUGGACCUAUUCUACCACAGACCUCAGUCAGUUAGCUGGGCCUAUUCUACCACAGACCUGUCAGUUAGCUGGACCUAUUCUACCACAGACCUCAGUCAGUUAGCUGGGCCUAUUCUACCACAGACCAGUCAGUUAGCUGGACCUAUUCUACCACAGACCUGUCAGUUAGCUGGACCUAUUCUACCACAGACCUGUCAGUUAGCUGGACCUAUUCUACCACAGACCUGUCAGUUAGCUGGACCUAUUCUACCACAGACCUGUCAGUUAGCUGGACCUAUUCUACCACAGACCUCAGUCAGUUAGCUGGACCUAUUCUACCACAGACCUGUCAGUUAGCUGGGCCUAUUCUACCACAGACCUCAGUCAGUUAGCUGGACCUAUUCUACCACAGACCUGUCAGUUAGCUGGACCUAUUCUACCACAGACCUGUCAGUUAGCUGGACCUAUUCUACCACAGACCUGUCAGUUAGCUGGGCCUAUUCUACCACAGACCAGUCAGUUAGCUGGACCUAUUCUACCACAGACCUCAGUCAGUUAGCUGGGCCUAUUCUACCACAGACCUCAGUCAGUUAGCUGGGCCUAUUCUACCACAGACCUGUCAGUUAGCUGGACCUAUUCUACCACAGACCUGUCAGUUAGCUGGGCCUAUUCUACCACAGACCUCAGUCAGUUAGCUGGGCCUAUUCUACCACAGACCUGUCAGUUAGCUGGGCCUAUUCUACCACAGACCUCAGUCAGUUAGCUGGGCCUAUUCUACCACAGACCUCAGUCAGUUAGCUGGACCUAUUCUACCACAGACCUCAGUCAGUUAGCUGGGCCUAUUCUACCACAGACCUGUCAGUUAGCUGGACCUAUUCUACCACAGACCUGUCAGUUAGCUGGACCUAUUCUACCACAGACCUCAGUCAGUUAGCUGGGCCUAUUCUACCACAGACCUGUCAGUUAGCUGGACCUAUUCUACCACAGACCUGUCAGUUAGCUGGACCUAUUCUACCACAGACCUGUCAGUUAGCUGGACCUAUUCUACCACAGACCUGUCAGUUAGCUGGACCUAUUCUACCACAGACCAGUCAGUUAGCUGGACCUAUUCUACCACAGACCUCAGUCAGUUAGCUGGGCCUAUUCUACCACAGACCUGUCAGUUAGCUGGGCCUAUUCUACCACAGACCAGUCAGUUAGCUGGACCUAUUCUACCACAGACCUCAGUCAGUUAGCUGGACCUGUUCUACCACAGACCUCAGUCAUUUAGCUGGGCCUAUUCUACCACAGACCUCAGUCAGUUAGCUGGACCUAUUCUACCACAGACCUGUCAGUUAGCUGAACCUAUUCUACCACAGACCUCAGUCAGUUAGCUGGACCUAUUCUACCACAGACCUCAGUCAGUUAGCUGGGCCUAUUCUACCACAGACCUCAGUCAGUUAGCUGAACCUAUUCUACCACAGACCUCAGUCAGUUAGCUGGGCCUAUUCUACCACAGACCUCAGUCAGUUAGCUGGGCCUAUUCUACCACAGACCAGUCAGUUAGCUGGACCUAUUCUACCACAGACCUGUCAGUUAGCUGGGCCUAUUCUACCACAGACCUCAGUCAGUUAGCUGGACCUAUUCUACCACAGACCUCAGUCAGUUAGCUGGACCUAUUCUACCACAGACCUGUCAGUUAGCUGGGCCUAUUCUACCACAGACCUGUCAGUUAGCUGGACCUAUUCUACCACAGACCUGUCAGUUAGCUGGACCUAUUCUACCACAGACCUCAGUCAGUUAGCUGGGCCUAUUCUACCACAGACCUGUCAGUUAGCUGGACCUGUUCUACCACAGACCUGUCAGUUAGCUGGACCUAUUCUACCACAGACCUCAGUCAGUUAGCUGGACCUAUUCUACCACAGACCUCAGUCAGUUAGCUGGGCCUAUUCUACCACAGACCUGUCAGUUAGCUGGACCUAUUCUACCACAGACCUCAGUCAGUUAGCUGGGCCUAUUCUACCACAGACCUGUCAGUUAGCUGGGCCUAUUCUACCACAGACCUGUCAGUUAGCUGGACCUAUUCUACCACAGACCUGUCAGUUAGCUGGACCUAUUCUACCACAGACCUCAGUCAGUUAGCUGGGCCUAUUCUACCACAGACCUGUCAGUUAGCUGGACCUAUUCUACCACAGACCUGUCAGUUAGCUGGACCUAUUCUACCACAGACCUCAGUCAGUUAGCUGGACCUAUUCUACCACAGACCUCAGUCAGUUAGCUGGGCCUAUUCUACCACAGACCUCAGUCAGUUAGCUGGACCUAUUCUACCACAGACCUCAGUCAUUUAGCUGGACCUAUUCUACCACAGACCUCAGUCAGUUAGCUGGACCUAUUCUACCACAGACCUGUCAGUUAGCUGAACCUAUUCUACCACAGACCUGUCAGUUAGCUGGGCCUAUUCUACCACAGACCUCAGUCAGUUAGCUGGGCCUAUUCUACCACCAGACCUCAGUCAGUUAGCUGGGCCUAUUCUACCACAGACCUGUCAGUUAGCUGGACCUAUUCUACCACUGACCUCAGUCAGUUAGCUGGGCCUAUUCUACCACAGACCUGUCAGUUAGCUGGACCUAUUCUACCACAGACCUCAGUCAGUUAGCUGGGCCUAUUCUACCACAGACCUUCAGUUAGCUGGGCCUAUUCUACAAGUUAGCUGGGCCUAUUCUACCACAGACCUGUCAGUUAGCUGAACCUAUUCUACCACAGACCUGUCAGUUAGCUGGGCCUAUUCUACCACAGACCUGUCAGUUAGCUGGACCUAUUCUACCACAGACCUGUCAGUUAGCUGGGCCUAUUCUACCACAGACCUCAGUCAGUUAGUGGACCUAUUUCUACCACAGAUCCUGUCAGUUAGCUGGGCCUAUUCUACCACAGACCUGUCAGUUAGAUGGACCUAUUCUACCACAGACCUGUCAGUUAGCUGAACCUAUUCUACCACAGACCUCAGUCAGUUAGCUGAACCUAUUCUACCACAGACCUCAGUCAGUUAGCUGGGCCUAUUCUACCACAGACCUCAGUCAGUUAGCUGGGCCUAUUCUACCACAGACCUGUCAGUUAGCUGGGCCUAUUCUACCACAGACCUCAGUCAGUUAGCUGGACCUAUUCUACCACAGACCCCAGUCAGUUAGCUGGGCCUAUUCUACCACAGACCUGUCAGUUAGCUGGGCCUAUUCUACCACAGACCUCAGUCAGUUAGCUGGACCUAUUCUACCACAGACCUCAGUCAGUUAGCUGGGCCUAUUCUACCACAGACCUCAGUCAGUUAGCUGGGCCUAUUCUACCACAGAACCUGUCAGUUAGCUGGGCCUAUUCUACCACAGACCUCAGUCAGUUAGCUGGAACCUAUUCUACCCACUGACCUCAGUCAGUUAGCUGGGCCUAUUCUACCACAGACCUCAGUCAGUUAGCUGAACCUAUUCUACCACAGACCUCAGUCAGUUAGCUGGGCCUAUUCUACCACAGACCUGUCAGUUAGCUGAACCUAUUCUACCACAGACCUCAGUCAGUUAGCUGGGCCUAUUCUACCACAUACCUCAGUCAGUUAGCGGGCCUAUUCUACCACAGACCUGUCAGUUAGCUGGAACCUAUUCUACCACAGACCUCAGUCAGUUAGCUGGGCCUAUUCUACCACAGACCUCAGUCAGUUAGCUGGACCUAUUCUACCACAGACCUCAGUCAGUUAGCUGGGCCUAUCUACCACAGACCUCAGUCAGUUAGCUGGGCCUAUUCUACCACAGACCUGUCAGUUAGCUGGACCUAUUCUACCACAGACCUCAGUCAGUUAGCUGGACCUAUUCUACCACAGACCUGUCAGUUAGCUGGACCUAUUCUACCACAGACCUGUCAGUUAGCUGGGCCUAUUCUACCACAGACCUGUCAGUUAGCUGGGCCUAUUCUACCACAGACCUGUCAGUUAGCUGAACCUAUUCUACCACAGACCUCAGUCAGUUAGCUGGACCUAUUCUACCACAGACCCCAGUCAGUUAGCUGGACCUAUUCUACCACAGACCUGUCAGUUAGCUGGACCUAUUCUACCACAGACCUGUCAGUUAGCUGGGCCUAUUCUACCACAGACCCCAGUCAGUUAGCUGGACCUAUUCUACCACAGACCUGUCAGUUAGCUGGACCUAUUCUACCACAGACCUGUCAGUUAGCUGGGCCUAUUCUACCACAGACCUCAGUCAGUUAGCUGAACCUAUUCUACCACAGACCUCAGUCAGUUAGCUGGACCUAUUCUACCACAGACCUGUCAGUUAGCUGGGCCUAUUCUACCACAGACCUCAGUCAGUUAGCUGGACCUAUUCUACCACAGACCUCAGUCAGUUAGCUGGGCCUAUUCUACCACAGACCUCAGUCAGUUAGCUGGGCCUAUUCUACCACAGACCUCAGUCAGUUAGCUGGACCUAUUCUACCACAGACCUCAGUCAGUUAGCUGGGCCUAUUCUACCACAGACCUCAGUCAGUUAGCUGGACCUAUUCUACCACAGACCUCAGUCAGUUAGCUGGGCCUAUUCUACCACAGACCUCAGUCAGUUAGCUGGGCCUAUUCUACCACAGACCAGUCAGUUAGCUGGACCUAUUCUACCACUGACCUCAGUCAGUUAGCUGGGCCUAUUCUACCACAGACCCCAGUCAGUUAGCUGGGCCUAUUCUACCACAGACCUCAGUCAGUUAGCUGGGCCUAUUCUACCACAGACCCCAGUCAGUUAGCUGGACCUAUUCUACCACAGACCUGUCAGUUAGCUGGGCCUAUUCUACCACAGACCUCAGUCAGUUAGCUGGGCCUAUUCUACCACAGACCUCAGUCAGUUAGCUGGGCCUAUUCUACCACAGACCUCAGUCAGUUAGCUGGGCCUAUGUGUUUGCCCUGACCCUGUGUGAGCCCCUCUGUGCAUCCAGAAAUGGCACCCUGUUCCCUAUUAGUGCACUAUGUAGCGAGUAGGGUUCCAUUUCAGCCCCAGCCUCUGUGCCUGUCCCACAUCAUGUGUAUCUGUCCCCCUAUAGGAGGCACUAGAGAAGCAGUCGCUCCAUGCCCAGGGCCUGUCGGAGAAGCUGUGGCUGUCUGAGAGACAGUUGGAGGAGCUAGAGGUGGACAAGGAGACACGGGACAAGAGGACAUCAGAGCUCAGCGACACCGUCUUCAGACUAGAGAUUGAGGUACAGUUACGGUGUUAUACUCAUACGUGUAGUAAAGUCUGUGUGUGUGUGUGUGUGUGAGAGAGAGAGAUCAGAGUCAGUCUUCAGACUGGAGACUGAGGUACAGUACUGUUCACUUUACACACCUAUAAUGUAGCUUCAAGGGUUGUGGUUAAUUCCGCAAAUUAAAUUCUAAUUAAAUUCCCUCUCCCUGUAAAUUACAUUUAAUACUAAUCAAAGUCCAGGACAGUCUUUAAAUUCAGAGAUAAUACAUUUCCUCUCAAUUCCAUUGUUAGGUAUUCAAAUUAAAUUCCCUCAGGCUUUCAGGGAAUAUAGAAAUAGAAGUUGAAAUGAUUUAAAACAAAUCAUGCAGUACUUUUGUUAUACUAAAUCCAUUAAUUCCAUUAACUGGGAAAUGAACAACUAUUAAAUUCCAAUUCAGUUAAAUUCAAAAUAUUUUUGUAUUUUUUUUUACAAUUCCAAUUAAUUCCAAUUAAAACAUUCCAAACAUUCUAAUUCCAAUUCAAUUCCAACUCCAUAACUUGAAGAUUGUUGAAAUUUGAAAUUGAAUUAGUGUAACAUUUCUCGUGUUGAUUCAGGAGUUACAUUAACUCUGUAAGUGUUAAAUUAACACUCAUUGGUGUAAAAUAACCCCAGUGUUGGUGUUAAUAACCAGUGUUAAAACAAAACCACGCCCAUCAUUAUCAUAUUUCCCAGCAUGCUCUAUUGCAGGUAGAUUUUUUUGUUUGUUUCAAUAUCUAUGUUUUUGCAUGUACAUUGAUUGAUUAAUUAAUCUUAUGCUACUCAAAUAUAAAUAACAUAAAUGUUUCUAAACUAAUCCAAUCUGUUAGUUGGACUUGUUCCCGUUACUGUAAUGGUUGUUUCCAGUUUAGAUACUUGAGGUAGCCUCAUAUCUUAGUCUUCCCAAUCCUGUCAGUCAUUCUAAAUGCAGGUUGCGGGUGAAUAAAACAUUCUAAAUGUUGGAUAGCCCCACUCUGGCUGGAUUCCAAUAGGAAUUACACAUCCCUUUGCAAGCCAGCAUAAAGUGACUUGCAGGCCUGAUGUGGUCUGUAAACCAUGACUUUCAGACCACCGUAUUAGGGUAAAACUAGGCCCUCAAAAUACUGCCUCAUGAAAUAUGUGUUGUGUUGUAAGGAAUUAAAUUUUUUAUGAAAAAUAUAUUCGCUUAGGAUCUCACUUGGUGAAGGCCACAGGACUGAAAAUGAAUGAAUGCAACAACCGUGUCACUAACAAACACAGUCAUGGGUGGUAACUCUACAAUUCACUCGAAGGUCAAGGCCCUCUGGGAAAUAUGCAAAUAAGGCUUGGCACUAAGCGUUGUGUUAAUUUAACACUGAAAAGGGCAGACCCGUAUAGACACUGGACCAGUGUUAAAUGGUAACACUCUCAGUUGUUGAUUUAACCCUGGAGAAUUUCCUGUGUAUAUGUGCGUGACGUUAUAGUCCCUCUCCCUCCACAGCUAGGAGAGGCCCUACAGAAAGCCACCCAGGCCUCAGCAGAGCUCAGUCUGCACCAGAAGCUACGAGAUGACGCCCUGCUGAGGGUGGAGGAGCUGGAAGAGACCCUACUGGAGAGGGGUCAGGAGCUACAGACAGCCCAGCAGACUGUCAGCCUCCUGCAGGGACAGGUACAAUACUGACCAGGGUUAUACAGACUGUCAGCCUCCUGCAGGGACAGGUACAAUACUGACCAGGGUUAUACAGACUGUCAGCCUCCUGCAGGGACAGGUACAAUACUGACCAGGGUUAUACAGACUGUCAGCCGCCUGCAGGGACAGGUACAAUACUGACCAGGGUUAUACAGACUGUCAGCCGCCUGCAGGGACAGGUACAAUACUGACCAGGGUUAUAAAGGCCUUACAGUUAGGGUUAGGGGGGUUAGGGUUAGGUAGACAGGUAGAUAAGGACAUAGAUCUUACAGGCCCUGGUCACCAUGCAUGGCGUAGGCCUUACUAAAGUCAAAGGCAGAUCAUUUGCGCUUGAGAUUUACUUUUUGAAAGUCAUUUCUGCUUAAGCCGACACCCAUGUGGUUACAGCAAUCGGGAUUGUGUCGCCUACUUCACCCACACUGUAAAAUGUGUGUCCAUAUGUGAUUUUUCUGAUUUACAUAUGAGUAUAAUAUUCUUUAUUACACUCCGUGUGUUGUAUAUAUUUAUUACAUUAUGUUAUACUUUGUCAGGUGUCAAGGUAAACUGAUAGAUAACUGUAUGUGUUGUCAUCAGGUGUCAGGUAAACUGAUAGAUAACUGUAUGUGUUGUCAUCAGGUGUCAGGUAAGCUGAUAGAUAACUGUAUGUGUUGUCAUCAGGUGUCAGGUAAACUGAUAGAUAACUGUAUGUGUUGUCAUCAGGUGUCAGGUAAACUGAUAGAUAACUGUAUGUGUUGUCAUCAGGUGUCAGGUAAACUGAUAGAUAACUGUAUGUGUUGUCAUCAGGUGUCAGGUAAACUGAUAGAUAACUGUAUGUGUUGUCAUCAGGUGUCAGGUAAACUGAUAGAUAACUGUAUGUGCUGUCAUCAGGUGUCAGGUAAACUGAUAGAUAACUGUAUGUGUUUGUCAUCAGGUGUCAGGUAAGCUGAUAGAUAACUGUAUGUGUUGUCAUCAGGUGUCAGGUAAACUGAUAGAUAACUGUAUGUGCUGUCAUCAGGUGUCAGGUAAACUGAUAGAUAACUGUAUGUGUUGUCAUCAGGUGUCAGGUAAACUGAUAGAUAACUGUAUGUGUUGUCAUCAGGUGUCAGGUAAACUGAUAGAUAACUGUAUGUGCUGUCAUCAGGUGUCAGGUAAACUGAUAGAUAACUGUAUGUGUUGUCAACAGGUGUCAGGUAAACUGAUAGAUAAACUGUAUGUGGUUGUCAUCAGGUGUCAGGUAAACUGAUAGAUAACUGUAUGUGCUGUCAUCAGGUGUCAGGUAAACUGAUAGAUAACUGUAUGUGUUGUCAUCAGGUGUCAGGUAAGCUGAUAGAUAACUGUAUGUGUUGUCAUCAGGUGUCAGGUAAACUGAUAGAUAACUGUAUGUGUUGUCAUCAGGUGUCAGGUAAACUGAUAGAUAACUGUAUGUGUUGUCAUCAGGUGUCAGGUAAGCUGAUAGAUAACUGUAUGUGCUGUCAUCAGGUGUCAGGUAAACUGAUAGAUAACUGUAUGUGUUGUCGUCAGGUAAACUGAUAGAUAACUGUAUGUGUUGUCAUCAGGUGUCAGGUAAACUGAUAGAUAACUGUAUGUGUUGUCAUCAGGUGUCAGGUAAACUGAUAGAUAAGGAGCGGUCCCUGGAGGAGGAGAUCCAGCUGAGGGAGAGAGUCCAGCUGCAGUGGAAGCAGGCAGAGAGGAGCGUAGAGGACCUGACGAUAGAGCUACAGACUGCUGCACAGACCAAAGAGGACCUGGCCAAGCAACUCAAACAGGCUCAGGUAGGUACAGACAGAGAGCACCAUAACCCCUAACCUUAACCCAGGCUAAAGAGGACCAGGCCAAGCAACUCAAACAGGCUCAGGUAGGUACAGACAGAGAGCACCAUAACCCCUAACCUUAACCCAGUCUAAAGAGGACCUGGCCAAGCAACUCAAACAGGCUCAGGUAGGUAUAGACAGAGAGCACCAUAACCCCUAACCUUAACCCAGUCUAAAGAGGACCUGGCCAAGCAAGAUAUACUGUAGAUACAGAGAGAGUAGACAGUAUGAACCGUGGGAGAUAUACUGUAGAUAUAGAGAGAGUAGACAGUAUGAACCGUGGGAGAUAUACUGUAGAUACAGAGAGAGUAGACUUUAUGAACCGUGGGAGAUAUACUGUAGAUAUAGAGAGAGUAGACAGUAUGAACCGUGGGAGAUAUACUGUAGAUAUAGAGAGAGUAGACAGUAUGAACCGUGGGAGAUAUACUGUAGAUAUAGAGAGAGACUAGACUUUAUGAACCGUGGGAGAUAUACUGUAGAUAUAGAGAGAGUAGACAGUAUGAACCGUGGGAGAUAUACUGUAGAUAUAGAGAGAGUAGACUUUAUGAACUGUGGGGAGAUAUACUGUAGAUAUAGAGAGAGUAGACUUUAUGAACCGUGGGAGAUAUACUGUAGAUAUAGAGAGAGUAGACUUUAUGAACCGUGGGAGAUAUACUGUAGAUAUAGAGAGAGUAGACAGUAUGAACCGUGGGAGAUAUACUGUAGAUAUAGAGAGAGACUAGACUUUAUGAACCGUGGGAGAUAUACUGUAGAUAUAGAGAGAGUAGACAGUAUGAACCGUGGGAGAUAUACUGUAGAUAUAGAGAGAGUAGACUUUAUGAACUGUGGGAGAUAUACUGUAGAUAUAGAGAGAGUAGACAGUAUGAACCGUGGGAGAUAUACUGUAGAUAUAGAGAGAGUAGACAGUAUGAACCGUGGGAGAUAUACUGUAGAUAUAGAGAGAGUAGACAGUAUGAACCGUGGGAGAUAUACUGUAGAUAUAGAGAGAGUAGACAGUAUGAACCGUGGGAGAUAUACUGUAGAUAUAGAGAGAGUAGACUUUAUGAACCGUGGGAGAUAUACUGUAGAUAUAGAGAGAGUAGACAGUAUGAACCGUGGGAGAUAUACUGUAGAUAUAGAGAGAGUAGACAGUAUGAACCGUGGGAGAUAUACUGUAGAUAUAGAGAGAGUAGACUUUAUGAACCGUGGGAGAUAUACUGUAGAUAUAGAGAGAGUAGACAGUAUGAACCGUGGGAGAUAUACUGUAGAUAUAGAGAGAGUAGACAGUAUGAACCGUGGGAGAUAUACUGUAGAUAUAGAGAGAGUAGACAGUAUGAACCGUGGGAGAUAUACUGUAGAUAUAGAGAGAGUAGACAGUAUGAACCGUGGGAGAUAUACUGUAGAUAUAGAGAGAGUAGACAGUAUGAACCGUGGGAGAUAUACUGUAGAUAUAGAGAGAGUAGACUUUAUGAACCGUGGGAGAUAUACUGUAGAUAUAGAGAGAGUAGACAGUAUGAACCGUGGGAGAUAUACUGUAGAUAUAGAGAGAGUAGACAGUAUGAACCGUGGGAGAUAUACUGUAGAUAUAGAGAGAGUAGACAGUAGGAACCGUGGGAGAUAUACUGUAGAUAUAGAGAGAGUAGGACAGUAUGAACCGUGGGAGAUAUACUGUAAGAUAUAGAGAGAGUAGACAGUUAUGAACCGUGGGGAGAUAUACUGUAGAUAUAAGAGAUAGUAGACAGUAUGAACCGUGGGAGAUAUACUGUAGAUAUAGAGAGAGUAGACAGUAGUGAACCGUGGGAGAUAUACUGUAGAUAUAGAGAGAGUAGACUUUAUGAACCGUGGGAGAUAUACUGUAGAUAUAGAGAGAGUAGACAGUAUGAACCGUGGAGAUAUACUGUAGAUAUAGAGAGAGUAGACAGUAAUGAACCGGUGGGAGAUAUACUGUAGAUAUAGAGAGAGUAGACUUUAUGAAACCGUGGGAGAUAUACUGUAGAUAGAGAAGAGUAGACAGUAUGAACCGUGGGAGAUAUACUGUAGAUAUAGAGAGAGUAGACAGUAUGAACCGUGGGAGAUAUACUGUAGAUAUAGAGAGAGUAGACAGUAUGAACCGUGGGAGAUAUACUGUAGAUAUAGAGAGAGUAGACAGUAUGAACCGUGGGAGAUAUACUGUAGAUAUAGAGAGAGUAGACAGUAUGAACCGUGGGAGAUAUACUGUAGAUAUAGAGAGAGUAGACAGUAUGAACCGUGGGAGAUAUACUGUAGAUAUAGAGAGAGUAGACAGUAUGAACCGUGGGAGAUAUACUGUAGAUAUAGAGAGAGUAGACAGUAUGAACCGUGGGAGAUAUACUGUAGAAAUAGAGAGAGUAGACAGUAUGAACCGUGGGAGAUAUACUGUAGAUAUAGAGGUAACUGCCAAAAUAAUGGAAACCCAACAUAGUGUCUUAAAAGGGUAUUGGGCCACCAUGAGCCGACAGAACAGCUUCAAUGCACCUUUAGCAUGGAUUCUACAGGUGUCUGGAACUCUAUUGGAGGGAUGUGAAACCAUUCUUCCACCAGAAAUUCCAUCAUUUGGUGUUUUGUUGAUGGUGGUGGAAAACGCUGUCUCAGGCGCCGCUCCAGAAUCUCCCAUAAGUGUUCAAUUGGGUUGAGAUCUGGUGACUGAGACACACACACACACGCACACACAAACGCACACACGCGCACACACACACGCACACACACACACACACACACACGCACACACACACGCACAGCCACACGCACACACAAACGCACACGCACACACACACACACGCACACACAAACGCACGCACACACAAACACACACACACAACAACACACACUAUUAUGGAUCCACAUUAGUUCCUGCCAUGGCAGCAGCUACUCUUCCUGGGGUUUAUUAUGGAUCCCCAUUAGUUCCUGCCAAGGCAGCAGCUACUCUUCCUGGGGUUUAUUAUGGAUCCCCAUUAGUUCCUGCCGAGGCAGCAGCUACUCUUCCUGGGGUUUAUUAUGGAUCCCCAUUAGUUCCUGCCAAGGCAGCAGCUACUCUUCCUGGGGUUUAUUAUGGAUCCACAUUAGUUCCUGCCAAGGCAGCAGCUACUCUUCCUGGGGUUUAUAAUGGAUCCCCAUUAGUUCCUGCCAAGGGCAGCAGCUACUCUUCCUGGGGUUUAUUAUGGAUCCCCAUUAGUUCCUGCCAAGGCAGCAGCUACUCUUCCUGGGGUUUAUUAUGGAUCCCCAUUAGUUCCUGCCAAGGCAGCAGCUACUCUUCCUGGGGUUUAUUAUGGAUCCCCAUUAGUUCCUGCCAAGGCAGCAGCUACUCUUCCUGGGGUCCAGCAAAAUUAAGGCAGUUAUACAUUUUAAAAACAUGACAAUACAUCCAUAACAUAUUUCACAACAUAUUAAGUGUCAAAGCACUUUGUAACAACUGCUGAUGUAGAAAAUGUGUUAUAGAUCAAUUUGAUUGAUAUAUUGAUUGGUUGAUGUGUUUCUCCUUUCUCCAGGAGAAAGUGAUAGAUCUUGAGAGCGACCUGGAGGAGAUGCAGGACCGUGAACAGAGAUGGGCCAGCAGGCACAAGAGAGCCGUCGAGCAGGUACAUCUGUCUGCCUACACCUGUCCUUUCACACGCUCUGACCCCAACACUAUGCCACACUGAACCAAUGUUUUUUAUGUUCUCUGUUCACUUCAAUUAAUAUAGUCAAACAACUCAUAAAUCACAAAUAUGAAAUUGUAUCUUCUGGGACUUUAACUGAAUCCAGGAUUUCUUGACUGAUGCCUGGCCAGUGAGGACUAAUUUGAUUCUGAUGUCGAUCAUGAUUCUACAGCAUCAAACGGGGGACAGGGUUUUUUUUUUUUGAGGAUGUGCCCAGUGAGUGUGUAGUAUCUAUCUAAACAGACUGUUGUGUUCUUCACAGACGGAACAGCUCCAGCUGAAGUUGAUCCAGGAGAAAGAUGUGAAUGAGCAGCUGGACAGUGAGAAGAUCAUCCUGGAGAGACAGGUACAUUACACUAACUAACAGUUCUAACAAUGCAGGGACGUCAGCCUGUGGUGUAGCUAUGUGAUCCAUCUAUACAUCAGUGUUGCAUGUGGGCCUAAGGUUGAAGUUGUUGUCCGUUGAUGUGAUUCAUGUUUAGAUAUGUGCCAAAGCUUUAAAACCCCCUGGCAGCAAUGAAAGGCAGAGCUAAACGACCUGUAUGAGCCACGUCUGAAAGGUUCCUGUGCUGUGACAUUCCUUCCUGUGCUGUCUGAGGGGGGUAACUGUGACAUUCCUUCCUGUGCUGUCUGAGGGGGGGGUAACUGUGGACAUUCCUUCCUGUGGUGUCUGGAGGGUGGGGUACUGUGACAUUCCUUCCUGUGCUGUCCUGAGGGGGGUAACUGUGAACAUUCCUUCCGUGGUGUCUGAGGGGGGUAACUGGUGCACAUUCCUUCCUGUGCUGUCUGAGGGGGGUAACUGUGACAUUCCUUCCUGUGGUGUCUGAGGGGGGUAACUGUGACAUUCCUUCCUGUGCUGUCUGAGGGGGGUAACUGUGACAUUCCUUCCUUGGGUGUCUUGAGGGGGGUACUGUGACAUUCCUUCCUGUGCUGUCUGAGGGGGGGGUAACUGUGACAAAUUCCUUCCUGUGCUGUCUAAGGGGGGUAACUGUGACAUUCCUUCCUGUGGUGUCUGAGGGGGGUAAACUGUGACAUUCCUUCCUGUGGUGUCUGAGGGGGGUAACUGUGACAAUUCCUUCCUGUGGUGUCUGAGGGGGGUAACUGUGACAUUCCUUCCUGUUGCUGUGAACAUUCCUUCCUGUGCUGUCUGAGGGAGGAAACUGUGACAUUCCUUCCUGUGGUGUCUGAGGGGGGUAACUGUGACAUUCCUUCCUGUGCUGUCUGAGGGGGUAACUGUGACAUUCCUUCCUGUGCUGUCUGAGGGGGGUAACUGUGACAUUCCUUCCUGUGGUGUCUGAGGGGGGUAACUGUGACAUUCCUUCCUGUGGUGUCUGAGGGGGGUAACUGUGACAUUCCUUCCUGUGGUGUCUGAGGGGGGUAACUGUGACAUUCCUUCCUGUGCUGUGACAUUCCUUCCUGUGCUGUCUGAGGGGGUAACUGUGACAUUCCUUCCUGUGCUGUCUGAGGGGGUAACUGUGACAUUCCUUCCUGUGCUGUCUGAGGGGGGUAACUGUGACAUUCCUUCCUGUGGUGUGACAUUCCUUCCUGUGCUGUCUGAGGGGGGUAACUGUGACAUUCCUUCCUGUGGUGUCUGAGGGGGGUAACUGUGACAUUCCUUCCUGUGCUGUCUGAGGGGGGUAACUGUGACAUUCCUUCCUGUGCUGUGACAUUCCUUCCUGUGCUGUCUGAGGGGGGUAACUGUGACAUUCCUUCCUGUGGUGUCUGAGGGGGUAACUGUGACAUUCCUUCCUGUGCUGUGACAUUCCUUCCUGUGCUGUCUGAGGGGGGUAACUGUGACAUUCCUUCCUGUGGUGUACUGCAGGUGCGUGACCUGCGUGUGGAGGUGGAGGAACUUCACAACUCCAGAGUCCAGGAUGAUGUCAUCACUAAGACAGAGAGCCGGGCCAAGGAGCUGGAGAACGCUCUCAGAGUGGAGGAGAGGUGUGUCUCCUAUUGUGUCUACGGUCCUAGACAGUGUUUGUUGACUUCUAUAUGUGAAUGGCUUUUGUUCUCCUGUGCAGGAAUAAGGUGGUGAUGACCAACACCAUCGGUAAACUGGAGAGGAAGAACAACGAACUGUCAGAUCAGCUGGAGGAGGAACAUAAGAUCUCUACGGAGCAGAAGGACCUGGUACGACACUUUACAGUUACUAACACUGGGGAGCAGUAGAGAUAAGAGACAUGUCAGAUGGGGACAGUUACUAACACUAGGGAGCAGUAGAGAUAAGAGCCAGUUCAGAUGGAGACAGUUACUAACACUGGGGGAGCAGUAGAGAUAAGAGCCAUUCAGAUGGGGGACAGUUACUAACACUGGGGAGCAGUGGAGAUAAGAGCCAUGUCAGAUGGGGGACAGUUACUAACACUGGGGAGCAGUGGAGAUAAGAGCCAUGUCAGAUGGGGGACAGUGUUACUAACACUGGGGGAGCAGUAGAGAUAAGAGCCAUGUCAGAUGGGGACAGUUACUAACACUGGGGAGCAGUGGAGAUAAAGCCAUGUCCGAUGGGGACAGUUACUAACACUGGGGAGCAUGGAGAUAGAGCCAUGUCAGAUGGGGACAGUUACUAACACUGGGGAGCAGUGGAGAUAAGAGCCAUGUCAGAUGGGGACAGUUACUAACACUGGGGAGCAGUAGAGAUAAGAGCCAUGUCAGAUGGGGACAGUUACUAACACUGGGGAGCAGUAGAGAUAAGAGCCAUGUCAGAUGGGGACAGUUACUAACACUGGGGAGCAGUAGAGAUAAGAGCCAUGUCAGAUGGGGACAGUUACUAACACUGGGGAGCAGUGGAGAUAAGAGCCAUGUCAGAUGGGGACAGUUACUAACACUGGGGAGCAGUAGAGAUAAGAGCCAUGUCAGAUGGGGACAGUUACUAACACUGGGGAGCAGUAAGAGAUAAGCCAUGUCAGAUGGGGACAGUUACUAACACUGGGGAGCAGUAGAGAUAAGAGCCAUGUCAGAUGGGGACAGUUACUAACACUGGGGAGCAGUAGAGAUAAGAGCCAUGUCAGAUGGGGACAGUUACUAACACUGGGGAGCAGUAGAGAUAAGAGCCAUGUCAGAUGGGACAGUUACUAACACUGGGGGGCAGUAGAGAUAAGAGCCAUGUCAAUGGUGACAGUUACUAACACUGGGGAGCAGUAGAGAUAAGAGCCAUGUCAGUGGGGACAGUUACUAAAACUGGGGAGCAGUAGAAUAAGACCAUGUCAGAUGGGGACAUUUUCUAACACUGGGGAGCAGUAGAGAAAGAGCCUGUCCCGAUGGGGACAGUUAAAAACACCGGGGAGCAGUAGAGAUAAGAGCCUGUUUAGAUGGGGACGUUUUCUAACACUGGGGACAUUAGAGAUAAAAACCAUGUCAGAUGGGGGCAGUUACUAACCUGGGGAGCAGUAGAGAUAAGAGCCAUGUCAGAUGGGGACAGUUACUAACACUGGGGAGCAGUAGAGAUAAGAGCCAUGUCAGAUGGGGACAGUUACUAACACUGGGGAGCAGUAGAGUAAGAGCCAUGUCAAUGGGACAGUUUACUAAAACUGGGGGGCAUAGAGAUAAGAGCCAUUUCAGAUGGGGACAGUUCUAACACUGGGGAGCAGUAGAGAUAAGCCAUGUCAGAUGGGGACAGUUACUAACACUGGGGAGCAGUAGAGAUAAGAGCCAUGUCAGAUGGGGACAGGUUUACUAACACUGGGGAGCAGUAGAGAUAAAGAGCCAUGGUCAGAUGGGGACAGUUACUAACACUGGGGAGCAGUAGAGAUAAGAGCCAUGUCAGAUGGGGACAGUUACUAACACUGGGGAGCAGUAGAGAUAAGAGCCAUGUCAGAUGGGGACAGUUACUAACACUGGGGAGCAGUAGAGAUAAGAGCCAUGUCAGAUGGGGACAGUUACUAACAACUGGGGUAGCAGUAGAGAUAAGAGACAUGUCAGAUGGGGACAGUUACUAACACUGGGGAGCAGUAGAGAUAAGAGCCCAUGUCAGAUGGGGACAGUUACUAACACUGGGAGCAGUAGGAGAUAAGAGCCAUGUCAGAUGGGGACAGUUUACUAACACUGGGGAGCAGUAGAGAUAAGAGCCAUGUCAGAUGGGACAUUACUAACACUGGGGAGCAGUAGAGAUAAGAGCCCUGUCAAUGGGGGCAGUUUUCUAACACUGGGAGCAUUUGAGAUAAGAGCCAUGUCAGAUGGGGACAGUUACUAACACUGGGACAGUGAAAAUAAGACCAUGUCAGAUGGGGACAGUUACUAACACUGGGGAGCAGUAAGAUAAGAGCCAUGUCAGUGGGACAGUUACUAACACUGGGGGGCAGUAGAGAUAAGAGACAUGGGCAGAUGGGGACAGUUACUAACACUGGGGGCAGUGGAGAUAAGAGCCAUGUCCCGAUGGGGACGUUUUUUUCUAAAAAACUGGGGAGCGUAAGAUAAAGCCAUGUCAUGGGACAGUUAAAUUUUUAAACACCGGGGAGCAGUUAGAGAAAGAGGCCCAGUCAGAAUGGGGACGUUUACUAACACUGGUACAGUGGAGAUAAGGAGCCCAUGUUCAGAUGGGACGUUACUAAAACCGGGGAGCAAUAAGAUAAGAAGCCAUGUCAGAUGGGAACAGUUAAACACUGGGGACAGUAAAGAUAAGAACCUGUCAAGGGGACAGUUACUAACACUGGUGAAAACAUUAGAUAAGAUCCAUUUAAUGGGACGUUUACUAACACUGGGGGGGCAUGAGAUAAAGCCCUGUCAGAUGGGGACAGUUUUCUAACACUGGGAGCAAAUAGAGAAAGUGCCAUGUCAGAGGGGACAGUUACUAAACACUGGGAGCAAAUGGAGAUAAGAGCCAUGUCAGAUGGAGACAGUUUACUAACACUGGGGGCAGUAAGAGAAAAGCAUGUCAGAUGGGAAAAUUCUAACAAAUGGGGAACAGUAGAGAUAAAGCCAUGUCGAUGGGGCAGUUCUAACACGGAGCAUAGAAAAUAAGAGCAUGUCAAAUGGGAAGUUUCUAACAUCUGGGAGCAGUAAGAUAAGAGCCUGUCAAAUGGGACAGUUACUAACACUGGGGAGCAGUAGAGAUAAGAGCCAUGUCAGAUGGGGACUGUGAAUAUUAUUUGCAAUCAUUUGUGUUCCUAUAAACAAAAGUUACUUAUACUGUGUGCGUAAGAUGACUUCCAGGUUCUCUUGCUAAAUAAUUGUUUAAUCAGACAACCCUGUAUAAGUAAAGGUUAUCUGCGUGAACGUCUGUUAUACCUCGGAGUGUUGUGUAAUGUGUAGUUUGAUAGAUAAAUGGUAGCCCUCUGAUGUUGAUCCACUGACUAUGACACCCUCUACCCAAGGGAAAGGUUCCGACGUCAGCUGACGAGGCAGAGGACGGCUGUCGUAGAGAGGUCAGUACCACCCAGAACGAACCAGAGAGAACUGACAGAGGAGAGAGAGACCUCCACCAGGCUACAGAGACAGUCUGGAGAGACCAACUCAAGUAUGGAGAUAAAAAGUUAAGAGAGAGAGAGAGAGAGGGGAUAGAGCAGAACAGAGUAGAGUGAGAGAGAGAUACGAGUAAGAUGAGAGAGAGAGAGAGCGUGCAGAAUGCGUAAAGUUAUAGAUAUUAUUCUGGAUCGAUAGGUCUCGCGGUCUCUCUGACUUUCGAGCUCUCUUCCGAUACUCUACUCGCCCGAGAGUCUCGGCGAAUCCUCUCUCUCCCCUCGCUCGCUCUCUCUCUCUCUCUCUCGUCUCUCUCUCUCUUCUAAGUAGGAACUUGUUACAACUGCAGACACCCACCACACACCCUCAUUUGAUUUGCAGGCGUAAGGAGUCCACCUUGCAAAUGAGGCAGACUCUGGAGAAACUGCGUCUGGAUCUCAGUGUAGAUGAGGAGGACCAGGCUGCCUCAGUACCCACCUCCUCCAAGGCUUGA